UUUAGGUUGAAAAGAAGAUUUUGAGAAGAGGAAUUGUGUGUUUAACAGAUCAAGGUGGAUAAUAUGUUUUUCAUUCCUGUUUGCUUAUCACUUAGUGUUUUAACUUUUUCCAGAGAAUUAACAGAAUAAUAGAAUAAUAGACUUGGAAGAGAUCUUUGUUGAUAGUUUACAGAUAAAUACAGCUCUAUUUUCAGCAUUAUUGCUGACAUCCUCUCUCCCAUAAUAAUUUCUAUGCGAGACUGGUGGAGAUAAUAUCAAUUCAGCACAUUAGGAUCUUAAGGAAAAGGGAAAGUUUUCUUAUGUGUAAUUUGAGCUUAUUCCAGAGCAUUGUCUCUUUGCCUCCUCAAUUCUUUGGUUAAUAAUUUCUGUUUCCUUUGUUUUUCCUUGUACUUUGGUCUUCUAAUCUAGUUUUCUCUCUGUAGAAUUACUUACUCAAGUGCAGAAAAAAUAUAUCUAAGAUGUCUUCAAAGCAUUGCUGAUUGAUUAUUAUGUUUUUUCAGCGAUUUUUGCAUCUCAUUCUUUGGCUGGCAGGUCUUACCCUGAUAGGAUACUUUCAAUACUAUGCUACAACGGACAUCAAGCAGACGCAUCCUUCCAAAAUCUGUCAACCCAUCAAAAAUGUCAUGUUCCUCAAGACCCACAAAACAGCUAGCAGUACCAUACUCAACAUCCUCUGCCGCUUCUCAGAGAAACAUAACCUCACCAUGGCCCUACCCUUUGGGAAAAGGUCCCAUCUUGGUUAUCCUUAUCCCUUCCAAGCGUCAUAUGUUGAGGAAUUCAAAAGGCUGGGAAAUAAGUUCAACAUCAUGGGCAAUCAUCUGAAGUUUAAUUUGCACGAGGUCAGAAGAAUAAUGCCAAAUAAUACCUUUUAUUUUUCUAUCUUGAGACACCCAGCAUCAUUGUUUGAAUCAUCUUAUGUAUACUUCAAAAAUAUUGCACCAGCAUUUAAAAAAUCCAAGAACGUUAAUGAAUUUCUAUCAUCUCCUUCAUCAUACUACAAUAUGGCUGAAAAUGAUAAUAUGUAUGCUAAGAACAACAUGUGGUUUGAUUUUGGGUAUAACAACAAUGCAAAAUACGAUGAGCAUUAUAUCCAGUCUGUCUUCCAUAACAUAGAAGAGAUUUUUCACUUGAUACUGAUUGCUGAUUUUUUUGAUGAGUCAAUGAUCCUUCUGAAGGAUUUUUUGUGUUGGGAUCUAGAUGAUGUGAUUUAUUUCAAGAUGAAUGCCAGGAGCCGACAUAGCAUUCAGACUCUGAAGCCAGAGAAUAAGGAGAAAGUGAAAGAGUGGUGUGCUUUAGAUUGGGAACUUUAUAAACAUUUCAAUAAAUCAUUUUGGAUGAAAAUUCAGGAAAGAAUGGACCUCAAAACCCUGUACAAGGAAGUUGAUCUGUUGCAGAAGAGACAAAGUGAACUGAUGGAGUCAUGCCUCUUAGAGGAAACUGCAAUUGAUCACAAUCAAAUUAAAAAUAAGAAUAUGAAGCCUUUUCAAUCAGGAAAUGCUCGUAUCAUGGGUUACAAUCUCAAACAAGAUUUAGACAAUACGACCCUGAACAUCUGUAAAAAGAUGAUCAUGCCAGAACUUCAAUAUACAGCCCAUCUAUACUAUUCACAGUUCCCAUAUAAGAGAAAAAAUGGUAGAUGAGUUCCUUCAACAACACCAUUUUUCUAUACUGAGGACCAAUCUCUGCAGCACUCUAGACUUCAGUUUUUCUUCACCCAAAAUACUCCACAUUAGCCUCAAUGCCUUUUCAGAGUCAAAAAUGGGAUGGAAAUUAGAGUCACUGUUUGUGAAUACCAAUCCUGAAGCUCUAAUCUUACAGAAGUCUUAAGGGAUAACAAUUAUAAAGUUACAAAAAAUAUCUUAUGGAAUCAUUCUGAUCAAUGUCUAAAUCCAUUCACCAUUUCAGUACUGUGGAGAUAUAGAUUAAAGACAGAUCUCUGAUCAUACAU